ACUCAACCAUGUGCUAGCUGGAGUAAUCUUUAUUCACAAUGUCUUUACAAAGGCUCAUGCAACAGAGCAGCAAUGGCAAUUUCGUGGAGUACUGCGCUGGUCCAGCGUAUAGCUCUUACCCCACACUCACAGGCAGCUUUCCCAUGGAUGAUAAUAGGAGGCUUCAAAUGCUGGCAGAUACUGUGGCUACUUUGCCUCGGGGAAGAAAGCAGCUUGCUCUGACGAGAUCAAGUUCUUUAGGUGACUUUUCCUGGUCUCAAAGAAAGCUUGUUACUUUGGAGAAACAAGAUAAUGGAAAAUUUGGGUUUGAAAUUCAGACUUACAGGCUCCAAAACCAGAACACCUGCUCCUCAGAGAUGUACACCCUGAUCUGCAAAAUCCAGGAGGAUAGCCCAGCACACUGCGCUGGCCUGCAAGCUGGUGAUGUCCUUGCAAAUAUCAAUGGUGUGAGCACAGAAGGUUUUACCCACAAACAAGUUGUUGACCUGAUCAGAUCAUCAGGAAAACUGCUAACGAUAGAGACUCUUAAUGGAUCAAUGAUUCUCAAAAGAACAGAGCUUGAGGCAAAGCUGCAAGUUUUAAAGCAAACCUUGAAGAGAAAAUGGGUGGAGUUCAGAUCUCUGCAGUUACAGGAACAGCGCCUGCUUCAUGGUGAUGCAGCUAACUGCCCAAGUUUGGAAAAUAUGGACAUAGAUGAAUCAGCUUUGUUUGGACCCCUGCCUGGUUCAGCUCUCCUGGACCGGAGUCCAUUAUCCAGUGAGAGCAGCUGUAAGAGCUGCCUGAGCUCCAUGACGAUAGACAGUGAGGAUGGGUACCAGACAUGUGUGUCUGAAGACUCGAGCAGGGAAGCCUUCAGCCGGCAGACAAGCACAGAUGAUGAGUGUUUUGUCCUCAAGGAUGGGGAUGAUUUUCUGAAGAGGUGUUCUUCGAGGAGGAACCAGAGCAUUAGUUCUGCUAGUAGUGGGUCCAUGUCUCCCUUGUGGGAAGGCAACUUCUCAAGCAUGUUUGGGACUCUGCCCAGGAAAAGCAGAAGGGGAAGUGUCCGGAAACAGCUCUUAAAAUUCAUCCCUGGCCUUCAUCGCGCUGUGGAAGAGGAAGAGAGUCGCUUUUAAUGGGCUGUAGUGCCCUUUCAUAUUAGCUUAUUGCAUAAAUAUCUUCAGAUUCAUUUAGACCAACUCCACCCAGCUUAGUGGGAAAGUGCAGAUGGAUUGCAAAACUGACAUCCCAUUUCAUGGCAAUAGUGAACUUUAUUUAAGUUUUUGUAUCAUUAUGUUUGCUCCUUCAAUCAUUUUUUUAACCAGAACAACUCAAGUUCUAAGCAGGCAGUAGGAAAAUUAAGUAAUAAAUUAGAAAAUAUAACAAGUUAACACAAGUGCCUGCUCAUUUUAAUGCUGCCUGUGAAGGCAAGAGUAAAAUUUAUUUUCUAGAUUAUUCAUGUAAAAAGUUGAGAACUUUUUGGAGUCAAGUGUGAAUAAGAAAGUGACAGAAUAUAAUUAUUUGGAAUACCUUCUGUAGGUUCAUUGGUAGGUUACAAAACUUUAUAUUUGCUUAAGCUCAGUAGCCUUUGGGGAGGCUUAUUAAUAGGCAAUUUUGAAUGUUUCUGUUCAAAUCUAUGAAAGAUUAUAAACAAAGAUGAUCAUCAGCCCUUUUUUAUAUCCACAGUGACAAUAAGUCAGGAAGUAUAAGAUUUAAUAUGGGGGUUUAAACUUUAUGAGAUCCAUGGAAAGAUGUUAUCUAAGAUAGGUGCUAAGGAAGACUAUAAUAAGUCCUUUUUUAUUGGUAGCCUAAACAAAAUGGAUGAGGAUGUCAUUCUUACCUAAUUCAACUUUUGUUCUGCCUAAACAUUGACGACAAGUCUAGCUCUCUCAAGAUCCUGCAGCCUUGUGAUUUUUUUGAACAAAUGUCUAAAAUUUGAAAAAUUAGUCAGGAAAAGUAUUUUCCUCCUAUAGAUUUUUUUCCAUAUUACUCCUCACUUUAUAUUAUAUAUUCCAAAUAGUUAUUUCCUCAGCACUCUUUUGUCUAUUAGUUAUGUUAGUAUCACAUUACUUCUAACCUUUCAAUCAUAUUUUUAUUCAAUACCCGUUAAAGUCCAUGAUUUCUCUGUUCUGG